GGCCUCCCAACUUGCCCUCGCAUGCUGAAUUGGCCGCCUAUCUGCGAAUGGCCGGCCGCCGACCCUAAGUCGCAAUAACUUGAACGGAGCCGAUGCAAAGUCCUUAUCGAACGCUCGUUAUUAUAAACGGGGCAGACCUAGGUAUUUAAUUAUAUCAAAACCCUCCGCAAUUUCGCUAAUCAUUCCCUAAUUUCUUCUACUUUGGCGUCUAGUGCUGUGGUCGCGCUUGCUCUCAAAGCUCGCUGGGAGGCAGUGGAGCGUCUGGCUUAAAAUCGAUCGCCGCAACCCUAGAGUUCCUUUCACUUCUUUCUCUCUUGCGUGGAGAGCAUCGACAUCGAAGAGCUGCAUCUUGUCUUCUGAAAGGUUGUCACCAUGGGAAAGGAGAAAUUCCACAUCAACAUCGUCGUCAUUGGUCAUGUCGACUCCGGAAAGUCGACGACCACUGGUCACCUUAUCUACAAGCUGGGAGGUAUUGACAAGCGUGUGAUCGAGCGUUUCGAGAAGGAAGCUGCUGAGAUGAACAAGCGUUCGUUCAAGUACGCCUGGGUGCUCGACAAGCUGAAGGCAGAGCGCGAGCGUGGUAUCACGAUCGAUAUUGCUCUGUGGAAGUUUGAGACCAACAAGUACUACUGCACUGUCAUCGAUGCCCCCGGUCACAGGGAUUUCAUCAAGAAUAUGAUUACUGGAACUUCCCAGGCUGAUUGCGCCGUUCUCAUCAUCGACUCAACCACCGGAGGAUUCGAGGCAGGUAUCUCUAAGGAUGGCCAGACCCGAGAGCACGCUCUCCUGGCUUUCACUCUGGGUGUGAAGCAGAUGAUCUGCUGCUGCAACAAGAUGGAUGCAACCACCCCGAAGUACUCGAAGGGCCGUUACGACGAGAUCAUCAAGGAGGUGGCUAACUAUUUGAAGAAGGUCGGGUACAACCCCGACAAGAUUCCCUUCGUGCCAAUUUCUGGAUUCGAAGGAGACAAUAUGAUUGAGCGAUCUACUAACCUUGACUGGUACAAGGGACCUACCCUCCUCGAAGCUUUGGACAGCAUCAGUGAGCCUAAGAGGCCUUCCGACAAGCCCCUCAGGUUGCCCCUUCAGGAUGUGUACAAGAUUGGAGGAAUUGGAACUGUCCCAGUGGGACGAGUGGAGACUGGAGUCAUCAAGCCCGGUAUGCUUGUGACCUUCGCUCCCACCGGUCUGACCACUGAGGUUAAGUCCGUCGAGAUGCACCACGAAGCUUUACUCGAGGCUCUGCCCGGUGACAACGUCGGAUUCAAUGUGAAGAAUGUCGCUGUCAAGGACUUGAAGAGAGGAUUUGUUGCAUCCGACUCCAAGAACGACCCUGCCAAGGAGGCUGCGAACUUCACCUCCCAGGUUAUCAUCAUGAACCACCCGGGACAGAUCGGAAACGGAUACGCCCCAGUUCUCGACUGCCACACUUCCCACAUUGCAGUGAAGUUUUCCGAGAUCCUGACCAAGGUCGAUCGUCGAUCAGGAAAGGAAAUUGAGAAGGAACCAAAGUUUUUGAAGAAUGGAGACGCCGGAUUCGUUAAGAUGAUUCCCACCAAGCCCAUGACUGUGGAGACCUUCGCUGAGUACCCACCUCUUGGACGAUUCGCCGUGCGCGACAUGAGGCAGACCGUCGCCGUCGGAGUUAUCAAAGCCGUCGAAAAGAAGGAGCCCUCUGGCGCCAAGGUCACCAAGGCCGCCGCCAAGAAAAAGUGAAUCGGGGCGACUGACAUCACAUUCCGGAUAACGGACGAUCCUGAAUCUGUUGACCGUUACGACAGAUGCGCUAAGCCUUGCCGAUUGCUCGAUAGGAGGAGGUUUCUUGCCCGCCUUCAGCAGACUUGGGUCCUAGACAGGCGGUGGCAAGGCUUGGAGGACACCGUAGGAUAUGUUUCGUGAUUAUGGUGUUAAAGUCGAUUUUGACACAUUGAGUUCUGUAUCAUUUUCAUAUCAACCUUUACCACUCUGUUUCGUAUUCGUCCAAACACAUCAUA